CUGCACUUUGGACUUCUUGCUAGCACACACAAACGACAUUUAUCUGAAUCAUACAAGCAGAAUAUACGUUUAUCAAUAGUUUUGCGAGUUGCUAUUGAAAUUAUAUUACUUUAGAGGCUUGCUAGAAUUGCUACGUGACUUGCUAACUUGUUAUGCUAUCUGUCUGGCGCUGAGUUCAACCAUGAAGGUGCAGAGAGUGGUUCUCGCCUCUCGGCCUGGUAAAAAUGGUUUGCCAGUUCCUGAAAAUUUUCGCCUGGAGGAGAGGAGUUUAUCAGCUGAGUUAAAAGAGGGAGAGGUUCUGGUGCGGUCCUUGUUCCUGUCUGUGGAUCCAUACAUGAGGUGCCGUAUGAACGAGGACUCAGGGGCAGACUACCUCCUCCCCUGGCCCCUCCAUGAGCCCGCAGACGGAGGAGGAGUGGGUGUGGUCCAGUCCACGCACUGCAGCUCUGUGUCUGAGGGAGAUGUGGUCACCUGCUUUAACUGGCCCUGGCAAACGCACGCUGUUCUGAAGGGAGCAAAUUUGCAGAAGUUGGACCCUCGGCUUGUGGACGGGCAUCUCUCAUACUUCCUGGGUGCUGUAGGGAUGCCUGGCCUGACUGCUCUGUUUGGGAUCAGAGAGAAGGGUCAUGUGACCAAAGGACACACUAUGGUGGUCAGUGGAGCAGCCGGUGCCUGUGGAUCUAUAGCAGGGCAGAUCGGUCGUUUGGAUGGCUGCUCCACUGUUGUUGGCAUCUGUGGCUCUGAUGAAAAGUGCAAAGCUUUAGUGGAAAAACUUGGAUUCACUGCAGCCAUAAACUAUCGAAAGGAAAACGUGUCCGACCAGCUCAAACAGUGCUGCCCAAAUGGAGUGGACGUUUACUUUGAUAAUGUAGGAGGAGACAUCAGCGACACCGUGAUAUCCCAGAUGAACAAAAAUGGCCACGUGAUUUUGUGUGGCCAGAUUUCUCAGUACAACAAAGAUGUUCCAUACCCUCCUCCUCUGAGUGAAGCAGCCCAGGAAACUCUAAGUAAAAACAACAUCACGAGAGAGCGAUUCUUGGUUUUAAACUACAUGGACAAAGCCAACGCUGCAAUCUACGAGCUCAGCCAGUUAGUCAGGGCUGGACAGGUCAAGGUUUUGGAGACAGUUGUGAAUGGGAUUGAAAAUAUGGGUGUUGCCUUCUGUUCCAUGAUGAGAGGAGGGAACAUCGGCAAACAGAUCAUCAAGAUAUCAGACUGAAACAUCACCUUUUAGUCGCAGGACACUUAUUUUACCCUUUUAUACACUGACGACACUAACUUCUCUUACCUUUAGAAAUGUAAAUGUGUAUCAUUAUUUUGUAUUUUUUUCUGGUUGAUAAAUAUGUUACAGAACAGUAAUGAAAACAGUUCAGUAAAAUUCACACAGUCUAGUUUGUACCAUUGUAACAAUGAAAAAACAUCCAUAAAUGUUCAUUUGCUAAUAAGAAAC